GUGGAUUAACCAGAUAAUGAUGAUCAUGUUUUAUUUUCUGCUGAUGCUCAGAGUCGGGCGAUGCACAGAUGAUCAGAUCUUUGAGACAAAGACUGUUGGUGUUGGAGAUAAUGUGACUUUGACGUGUCCUCGCCAGGAAUCUGAGUCCCAAGAAACUUUGUUUUGGGUCAGACUUGUUUCUGGAAACUUUCCUGAAGUCUUGGGAGGAACGUUUAUUUUUGAUUAUAAGGCUGUUAAUAAGAAUACUCGCUUUACAGCAGAACAAGGACCUGGAACAUUUCUUCUGCAUAUUCAUGAAACAAAGCCAAGCGAUACUGGAGUUUACUACUGUAUAAAAGUAAACCAACUCAAAAUGACAUUUUUGAAAGGAACAUUUCUGAGAAUUAAAGGACCAGAACCUGAUAUCACUGCCGUCAUUCAAGACUUUCCAUCUGAUCCGGUCCGUCCAGGAGACUCAGUGACUCUGCAGUGUUCAGUCCUCUCUGACUCUGAGAGCAAAACAUGUCCAGGUGAACACAGUGUGUUCUGGUUCAGAGCCGGAUCAGAUGAAUCUCUUCCCAGUUUAAUUUACGCCCAAAGAAACAGUGAUGAAUGUGAGAAGAACCUUGAGGCUCGCUCUCCACAGGAAUGUGUCUACAGCUUCUCUAAGAACGUCAGCUCCUCCGAUGCCGGGACUUAUUACUGUGCUGUGGCCACGUGUGGGGAGAUAUUAUUUGGAAGAGGAACAAAACUGGAUGUGGAAGGACUCAACAUCUGGGAUCUGCAGAAGGCCAACACAGUUCUGGUUCUGUCAUGUGCAGCUUUGGCUAUAAGUCUGAUUGUUAUUGCCUUCCUGAUUUAUACCAUCAAGAUGAAAACGUGUGAUUGUUGCAACGCUGCAACAGCCAGAGGUCAUCAACAAAGUCAGCAGAUAUUUCCUCAGAGAGAUGAGUACUCAACAGCUUAUUAUGCUUCAACCCUCACCAAGAGGAAAACUGGCAGAGCAGAGAGAAGGAAUGUAAAAGCAGCAGAGGGAGACGAUCUACACUGAUGUCAGGACUCGAGUGAUAGAUUAACAAUCUACUGGAUCUGCUAGUUGAAGAUAGACUGUUGUAAAUAUGCUGCUUCACAUCAAUUUCACAUCUGAUAUCGGUAACAAUAUUGUAUUUGGAUAACCUUAAACAUGUUUGAUGUAUCUUUUCGACAUUAUUUUCUGUCCCAUCCGUUUGCAAUCAUUGGAUGACUUUUUUUUUAUAAAAGGGCAUGAAUUAUCAUGAUGCAAAAUGUAAUAGUUUUAAUGGCUUUUGGUGAUAUUCUUCAGCAUCUCAUAUCUAUCAAUUCUUGUUUAAUUUUUGUGCAUUUUUUAUUAAAGUCUUUUAAUGAAGGUGUAUAAUUCUACCACUCAAACAGGCUUUUUGAAAGAUUUAACUUGAAAUGGUCGGAGAGUUGAGGAAGGUUUCUUUGUGUCUCUUUUUUUAAGGUUUUUCAGGUAAAACUUUAGUUUUUUCUUUGCUUUUAUAAUGGUAUAGUUUAACUUUUAAAUGUUUACUCAUGAUCUGUUUAUUUUGAAAAUAACUUUACAAGUUAGCAUCUAGUAUAAGACAGAAAGAUUGAUGGUUUUCUUGUUUAAUGUU